AAUUUGAAAUAUGAAAAUUAGGAGAAUUAUAAUACUCGUGAUUAAUAAUCACCCGAUCCUCCUGGAAGAAAUGAUUAUCACAUAUGCUCUCUUGACUUAACGCCAGAACUCUUCGUGGGUGCUUGGAGGACACCCAAAAUGAUUCCAUUUAUAACAAAUCAGUUACAGCCUUCCAGUAUGUUCUAUUGAAUGCCAGUAAUGCUGUCGGCAAUUACUGCUUAGGAUUCUAACUCGAUUUUAUAAUAUUGUACAAAAACUAUAUUAUGAAUCCUGUCUCGUACCCAUAUCUCAGGGACCUCUAUAAAUCAUUGAGAUUAUAUAUGCUUUCCUCUGUCAAGGUAAGCGGUUCAGGUUUGCUCCUGGAAAUGGUAGAUUUUAACUAUUUGACUUAAAUUAGGUGAGGACGAUUGGUGUGGUGGGAGUGCCGUUUGGGUAUCGGAGACUUUACAAGUAGACUUUUCCUUUAUAUGAUUACGGGAAUUAAGUUGCAUAUGUUUGAUAUUCUGUAGCUGGGGGUGUUUUUGAUUUAAAGCACCCCAUGCAUCUGAGCAGUGUACCGUUUUUGGGUAAUGCCUUCGAGAGCGCUGCCAAAGCCUCCGCGGGCCUUGCAGCCACACGUCCUCCGUUAGCGGAGCCAGAUCUCCCAGCGCUUCCUGUGCUGUUAGUCACCAGCUCCACCGGAGGCUCCUCUGCAUCUACGCUCUCGGCACAGUCAAAUACGCUGAGAAGAGGCCCAACAUCGAGAAGCAAAAGAGCAGGCUUGAAAAGAUCAGCUUGAGAAAUGGAGUGAGAUUUAAGAAGGGAAACCUAUGUGAACAAUUGAAAUAAUCCAAUGGCAGACCAAAGAAUGGACGUUUCCUCCACAAUGAACGAGUUUAUGCCCCCUGGCCGCACCGACCUACUCAGCAGCUCCAUCAGUACCGCUGGCCUGGACUACACCCGCAAGAGGAAGGGCAGCUCUGCCGACUACCAAAUCGAUGGAUUUUCUUUUGAGGAUUCCAUGGACAUGGAGACGGAAAAACAGCUUGUAAGGGAGUGUAUGGACCAGCAAGGCCGCCUGAAGAAUGCCAGGGAAGCCCACAGCCAGAUCGAGAAGAGGCGUCGGGACAAGAUGAACAGCUUCAUUGACGAGUUGGCGUCCCUGGUGCCCACCUGCAACGCCAUGUCCCGCAAGCUGGACAAACUGACAGUGCUGCGCAUGGCCGUCCAGCACAUGAAGACGUUACGCGGGACUGCGAACCCCUACAUUGAGGCAAACUACAAACCAGCAUUCCUCUCGGACGAUGAACUGAAGCACUUAAUUUUGAGGGCCGCCGAUGGGUUUCUGUUCGUCGUCGGCUGUGAUCGCGGCAAGAUCCUCUUCGUAUCAGAAUCUGUCUCCAAGAUCUUAAACUAUAGCCAAAAUGACCUCAUUGGCCAGAGUCUGUUUGACUACCUGCACCCGAAAGACAUCGCCAAGGUGAAGGAGCAGCUGUCCUCAUCAGACACGGCACCGAGGGAAAGACUCAUAGAUGCCAAAACUGGCCUUCCAGUGAAGACCGACAUCGCCCUUGGGCCUUCCAGACUGUGUUCUGGGGCAAGGCGGUCCUUCUUCUGCAGAAUGAAGUGCAACCGUCCUUCUGUGAAGAUGGAGGACAAGGAGUUCCCCUCCACUUGCUCCAAAAAGAAAGCAGAUCGCAAGAGCUUCUGCACAAUCCACAGCACCGGCUACCUUAAGAGCUGGCCGCCCACCAAGAUAGGCCUGGACGAGGACGGCGAGCCCGACAACGAGGGCUGCAACCUCAGCUGCCUGGUAGCCAUUGGGCGCCUGCACCCCCACCUCAUCCCCCAGCCCACGAGCGAGGACAUCCGCGUCAAGCCCACCGAGUACAUCUCCCGGCACGCCAUCGACGGCAAGUUUGUCUUUGUCGAUCAGAGGGCCACUGCUAUUCUUGGCUAUUUACCCCAAGAGCUUCUAGGCACAUCCUUCUAUGAAUAUUUCUAUCAAGAUGAUAUUGGGCACCUUGCAGACUGCCAUAGACAAGUGCUGCAAAUGCAUGAGAAGAUCCACACGAAUUGCUACAAGUUCAAGAUAAAAGAUGGCUCCUUCAUUACCCUGAGAAGCCGCUGGUUCAGCUUCAUGAACCCCUGGACCAAAGAAGUGGAAUACAUUGUUUCUACAAACACUGUUGUCUCAGCCACAGGUGACUUCACAGACUAUUCUCGGCUUGCUGCCUCCCCCCAGAGUAUGGAUGGUGUACUAACACCCGGAGAUGGCAUGGGGAAGCGGGCGCUUCAGACGGUGCCUGGCAUUGGCGGUGGCACGCGGCCAGGGGCAGGGAAGAUCGGACGCAUGAUUGCAGAAGAGGUGAUGGAGAUCCAGAGGAUUCGAGGAUCAUCGCCCUCUAGCUGUGGCUCCAGUCCCCUUAAUUUCACCCCCACUUCCCCCCCAGAUUCCUCUUCUCCAGGAGGGAAAAAGAUCCAGAAUGGUGAAAUACCCGACAUUCCUGCUGCAGGGUUGGUACAAGGACCGGACUCAAUAGGCUUUCCAUACACCAGCAACUCCAUCAUGACAGGUGACAACUCCCACAUGGGUAUUAACAUCAUGGACGAUCCGGGCUCCAGCCCAAACAAUGACGAGGCGGCCAUGGCAGUCAUCAUGAGUUUGCUGGAAGCGGAUGCAGGCCUGGGGGGUCCGGUUGACUUCAGUGACCUUCCCUGGCCCUUAUGAGAGUCCCUGGGGGAGGGGAACCAUCUCUGAGGCAGCCCGCAAGAGGCAAGAAGGGAAAUGGUGAGCAUGGGAGGGGCACUCUUUCCUGCGGGGAGUGGUGUCUGUAACCGUGGCAUAUUAGUAGGGCUUAGCCUGACCUUAUGGUAGCAAAGAAAGAUCUAAAGGAGCCCAGGGAAUUGUGCUAAAACUAGUCACCUUGGCAAGUCCUCCCCUGUACUGUGGGAAGCCAGGUACAGCUGCUCGCGUUGCCCAUGGACAGUGAGGGUCUCACACUGGCCUCAUCCCCUGAUUUCUGGAAUGCGGUUUAUAUUUUAGUGUUAAUGUUUUUUUUAAAGUUUCCUUGUUGAAUAUUUACCAUUAUUUGUUUUAUUCUCUACCACGUGAGAAUUAAAUGUUGUGUACAGUGCUGUCAGGUAAAUAUUUUUUAAAAUAAAAAAAUUCACUUAC